GUCUGCAGUAGGACCCAGGGGCCACCGAGGCGCCGACUCCACAGGGCUCACGAGCUCGUGUGUAAAGAAUUGACACAGCCAAUUUGUUUCAGUGUGUGGAGAGCCUGAGUCAGGUGCGUGUAUAGAGGACCUAUAACUUGUGAAGAUGUGCAUGGCUUAGACAGUUCGUUUUCAACACCAGACAACUGAACUCUCAUUUUCAACCACGACGGGCAUAAUACCGUAUACAAACGGGCAUAAUACCGUAUACAGACGGGCAUAAUACCGUAUACAGAUCCUGUGCGUACUUUAUUUAUAUCUCUUCGCACAUGCACAGCGACUCAUGGGUGGAAUGCUUCUAACGAAUAAGGACUUUUAUGGAGUUUCAUAGCUUUGGGACAGUAGAGCGCGGUGGCAGCUCCCCUUUUCCCACGCAACUCUACCUGGAUGGAAACCAUGUCACCACAGCAACAGAACGAGCUGAGCCGCAGGACGGCACUCACCGGCGAGUCCAAGACCAGCACGCAACAUGAACACAAGAGGAGGAUGAAGUCUCUGAGCCAUCGUCGACAGUCCGCUCCCUCUUUGGUCAUCAACAAAGCCCUGACCAGAUCCAGAACUUUCUCCAGAGAGAGCUUCCUGGUUCCUGUGUGUCCAGAGACGUGCCCAUUGGUCCAGUCGUUCCUGUGUCCUAAUAGGGUGUUCCUCCUGCACGACCACGUCACGCUGAAGACAGGGCUGCAGACUCAGGACAGAGACCUCUUCCUCUUCACCGACAUCUUCAUCAUCGCCAAGUCCAAGUCUCCCACACACUUCAAGCUGAAGGCCCAGGUGUGUGUGGGUGAGAUGUGGACAGCCCAGUGUAUGGAGGACGUAUGUGAGGGCAGCACCAACCCAGAGAGGAGCUUCGUCAUGGGCUGGCCCACCUGCAACUGUGUGGUCACCUUCAGCUCUGAGGUCCAGAAGGAGAGAUGGCUCUCCAUGUUCAAAAGUCGAUUAAAAGAGGAGAAGGAAAAGGAUGAUCCUAAAACCAUUCCACUGAAGGUGUUUGGGAAAGGCAUCGGGAGUUGUGCUCAGGUCGUCAGUAAGACCUUGGGUGUCAGUAACUCUGAUUCAGCCAAUGAGGUUGUCCGACUCGCUCUUCAACAGUUUGGUGUCACGAGCUGUGUGAAGGACUACCAGCUGUGGGUAAGCUCCAAGAGGGACAACGCCCCUUACCCUCUCAUUGGUCAUGAGUUCCCUUUCAGUAUCCAGAUGAGUCAUAUGCGGGAGCCCCUGGCCCAUCCGGGCCGCAGGGACACAGUUCCACCUCCAGACAGACAGAGGGCGAUGCACCGCGACCAGGUACAGGUGGACAAACAGUGCCAGUUCAUCCUAAAGACCCGAUGCAGCUCAACAACAACAACGCAUGUGAUUGUAGACCCAGCUCAGAAGCCCUUCAAGCGAAGGCGUUCUCUCAUCAACUGGGCUUUCUGGAAAGGCUCCAAUCCUAACCUCCACAGUUCCUCUACAAACCUCUCCUCCCCUGCCCCCGGCUACCUGUUUGGCCAAUCGCUGAGCACCAUCUGUUGGGACAACUCCCUGCCCAAGCCCGUCAUGGACAUGCUGGUGUUUCUGUACAACGAGGGUCCGUUCACGCGGGGGAUAUUCCGACGGUCAGCGGGGGCGAGGGCGUGUCGUGAACUCAGGGACAGACUGGACUCUGGGGCUCAGGAUGUCCCGCUGUCACGGGAGCACGUCUUCAUCAUCGCUGCUGUGUUUAAGGACUUCCUGAGGAACAUUCCGGGCAGUCUGCUGUGUUCCGACCUCUAUGAACAGUGGAUGGAUGUGAUGGAGGAAGCAGAAUCGGAGGAGGCAGAGGAGGAGGAGCAGGCACAGGAUAUAACGAGGCUGAUUGGUCUACUGCCCAAAGAGAACGCCCUGUUGCUACGCCACGUGGUCGCCGUGCUGCACGGUAUCCAGGAAAACGCCCAUGACAACCAGAUGAAUGCCUUCAACCUGUCUGUGUGCAUUGCUCCCAGCAUGCUCUGGGCUCCGGGCCCCAGCAGCCCCGAGGCGGAGGGGGAGGGCGCCAAGAAGGUGUGUGACCUGGUGAGGUAUAUGAUAGAACACUGCCAGGAGGUCCUCGGAGAGGAUGUCACCUCUGUGUUUGGAGGUCUACCCCGGAAACGUGCCGAAUCGGACGUGUCUUCCUUCCACCUGACCGACUCGUCUUAUGACAGCCUGGAGAACAUGCUGAAUGAUGACAGCAGUGAGUCUCCAUGCCUCCACACCUCACGGCGGCGCUGGAGAGCCAAGCCCCUGCAGGGCAGCCUGGACUCGGUCCUCACCCUGAGUGACUGCGACCAGGAGCAGCCCGACCUGGACACAGACCCCGACACCACAGACCCCAAAUCUGGCAACCACCACCACCGUGAUACGAUCACACAACCUGGAUCUGGCAACCUCCUCCAACCCUCAACCCCAGCCGGAGGCAGGACCAGGAAACUCAGCCCAGCUGUGCCCCCCUCCUCCUGUCCCAGCCCCCCAGCUCCUCGGAGGGGGGGGAGGAGGUGCUCAGAGCCGGCCAUAGGGUACUCUGUGGCCAGCUUUGUGGCGCAACUGGCAGGGAACACAGACAGGCUGGGUAGCAUCGAUGACCUGGCUGGAGGUGGGGAGAUGUUUCACAAUUUACAGAAGGAUGGACAGACACAGACACACGGACCCACACACACAGGGGAGUGGAAUGGCAGUAAGGGUGUGUGUGAGGGUUCGGGGUCACAAGGUGCACAGACGCCACGCCGGAACGCGAGCUACUCCAGUCUCUCUUCGCCGCCCACCUCCCCCACCCCCACACGCUCCUCAGUGGACUCCCUGGACAGCCUCCUCUCCCACUCCAGCAUCCAGUCUGCUCCAUUCUGGCAACCCAGGGUGGGACCCAACGCCGCAAGAUUGACUCCCUCCCCUGGUCCUCCUGUCCCUCUAACCCCCAUACCUUCCCCUACUUCAACCCGUAGUCUACCCAUCCCCACCCCGGCUCCAGGCCAGGGGCUCAGUCCCAAUAUCUCCCCGCCGAAGGAGAUCCCUUCCUGGGGUACGCUGAAGGGCUGCAGGGGGCUCCAUCCCAACACCUGGUUGAAGAGAGGCCGCAGACUGUCGCUGUCGCAGCAGGAGGAUGAGGGGGGUGUGGUGGGUCCCACUAACAAGACUCUCCCCACUAGCAAGUCAUGUCAGGAUAAAGGAGGGCUGAAACAGUCAUUUGAGGACCCCCCCAAGUCCAGCCUGGCCAGCUGCCCCCCAAAGGCAGGAGGGUUGCAGAAUCGCGGCAGGGUGACCAAGGACCGAAGAUCCAGUCAAGGCUCGGUGAGCCCACCAUCGCGCCAGAGGUCCCAGGAGCAUUUCCACUCCUGCCGCUCUCCCUGCUCCCAGCCCACAGACAGACCCCUCACUGUCAAAGAGCUGAGAGAGAUACACAGCCAGGCCUGCGCAGCGAGCAACACAGGAUAUGACGUCACAAACCAGGGCAGCCGUACCCCUCCCCAACAUGUGUUCUUUGGGCAGGGUGGACCCAGCUUGUCCCUAGCCAGGCAGAAGUCCCACUCCCUAGCCCCAGGCAUGGAGGGUCUCUCCGGGGGCAGGUGUUCCCAGCGCCGGAGCUCCGAGCCUGGGGCAGCACAUCUAGGCGAAGCCCUGGUUCUGGAUAAGGCCUCACACCCGGAGAGGCUUCACAGAGAGGCCAAACUGGGUCAGAGGUCAAAGUCAGUGGACGGGUCCCAAGACCUGGGGUUGAAGGUGUCCUGCACGGACCAAAACGGGGCUCCGAAGUUUUGCCUGUCUCCCUCUGCCACCAAGGCCGUGAGGGACUAUUUCUCGUCUCAUACGCACAGCAAUCCCAAUAGUGGUCAGCAGGUGGCGCUAGCCCUGAUUCAGGGGCAGAGGGAGCGGCUCAGGAGGUGUAGUGAUCCCAUGCUGGAGCCGGACUUUGACCAACUGCUCUUUGCUGAAGAGUCCUACGUGUGAGACCAUCACUGGUUGUGAACAGUCACACUAAAUGCUUCUACAUACAGCUGUGAAUGUACAGGUAGAGUCAUUUAGGACCAGAACAGAAUCAAAACAUAGCGCUUAAGAGAAUCACAGAUAUAACAACCUUCUGCUUAUUGUGGACAAACAUUCCUAUAUUUACAAUGCACUUUUCUUUUCAGAAUCGAUUGGUAAUAAGACUCUUCUAUAUUAUUAUAGAUUCUACUAAUGUAUCAUGUACGUAUUAGGAGUAGGGAGGGAAGAGGAGUUUCAGAUUAUGUAAUGUGUCGUUUUAGAUCGCAGAAGUGAACAAAUGUACUUUAGGGAUCAGGCUAUUUGAUUGGAUUACAUGUGAGAUUAUUCACAGGGACCCUUGCAGUGAACUGCCUAUGAUCAGUAUAAGAUUACUAAAAUGUUUACUUGUAAACAAAAAUUCCUUACUAAACCGUGUCAUAUUUAAAAUGUAUGCGAGGCUGUGAUUUUGCAUUGACAGUAUUUUGUAAAUAAAAAAGACGAUCUUGACUGCCAAUGAAGCAAUAUUGAUAAUGACAAAGCAAAGUGCUUCAAGCUUACAGCUGUGGUGUUUCCUCAAAAUAUUUCUCAAACUCUGUAUUUCAAUCUGUACUGUAUAUGUGGCAGGAUGUCUGUGAGAUGUUGUUCUCUAUUCACUCUGUAUCGCUGAAGCGUUACUGAGUCUGCGAUAGAAAUGUAAAGGUAAUUUUCAGAUUGAGCUGACAUACCUUAUGCAGCGUUUACCGUGAAUGCUGUCUCCACAAAAGCAGGAACGUUGCCUUUAAAUUCCAUCACGCUGUGAAGUUGAACUUCCACGAUGCGGAUUGAAUAGAGCCCUAUGUUUGUAUCGCUGUGUUUGUGUCUGAGAAGUAUACAUUAAUUAUAUAAUCUGUAUGGUAAAUUUACAGCAUAUGCAGUAUGAUUGUUUGCUUAUUUUCUACAUUUGAAGGUAUUCAUUUCAUACUAAUUGCUGCCAAUUGUGUUAUGUGCAUUUUCAAAGCUUUCUACACCAUAAAUUGUGUGUUGUUCUCUUUGUAAUUUGUGCCCAUAGGAUGCUUUAAUGUUUAAAGUGUACACGCUGUAUUGAGAUUGUACACGCUGGCAGAUGCCGCCGCUGCUUAAUUAAACUGGCUACUACACUCGUUUGAUGUGUAAUGCAUAAGAUAAUCAGAUCAUAAAAUAAAACAAACCACCUUGGCUAGUAAGACUAA